CCUGUAUGAGUCUCCCCUGUGAUGCUUAGAUCGCCCCCGGCCAAGCACGGCCUCGGCUCACCCUUCUGGACACCAGGCAACAAUCCUCCCGCGAUCAGUGAGUCCUCCGACCCUUCGCCCGGACUCGGAUUCAUGCUCGGCUAUCCCGGAGAAACCGCUUGCACCUUUGAUGUAGCUACGGCGGUUCGUCUCCCCCACGCAGUGGCUCAGAACCGUGGAUCAUCCGAUUCCUCGCCCGGUAGACCACGCGUGGGCGACGCCCGCCUUGCCAUACCCGACGCUCCUGGUUCCCCAGGGUCCCAAUGUUUGAUCCGUGGACCUGGAUCCCCUUCUGCCCACCGAUUCUUACAACCUCACCACGACCGUCGACUUCCAACUCCGGGUCGACGUUUGAUAUUCCGGCGUUCAGCCUAUUGGACCCAUGCUAUUGGAACUGAUAAAUCAUAA